UGCUGUUAAGUUUGUAUUCAUUUAAUCGAAUUCGUCUUUGUGACAUCUAUAUUUUCUCCUGCUUUAAAAAAAUGUUUUAGCACAAUGCAUGGGUGAACAAAGUAGGAGGUGUUGGGAAAUCGAAUUUUGGGAGAAAGCGGAAGAUCGAGGUGACGGCAUACUGGUACCGCUUGCCCAUCUUGAGUUUAGUAGGUCACACGCUCUCACUCUGGGGAGGAGGUGCUCGCAGUAUAUCUCGAAAAGAUCUUUAAGAGAAGAUGAAAUGCACUUUUAUCCGUGUGAUCCACCAUAUUAAGGACCCUUGAGGGACACAUGGGUAGUAAUUUUUCCAGGCAAUUUUCGAAAAGGAAAUUACUACCCGUUACCCGUCUGUUCUUGCGUUAAAAGGAGAGAAGCAUCAUAGACAACACUUCUUUAGGAUCAGGGCAGAACUCCAGAUGACGAGAGUCCUGAUAAAAAAUGCAACAUUACCCUCAAUUUUUAGUAAAAGCGGUGAGAGCGAUGACCCUUUUUUUACCUCGUCAAGUCAACAAGGGGAAAACAAAAUCUCUAGCGAGAGUUAUUCCUCCAAAGCAAACUGUGUGGACCGUCAGUCGGUUAUUGGACAACGACAUGAACAGUUGUCUUUGAUUUGUGGAAAAUGUUUCUAAACACGUUUCAUUUACUUGUUAUUUUGGUUUGCCUUGGUAUCGCCAAUCCUUCUCGCACAGGUAAUCGCAUCUACGUGAACAGACCGUACGCUCAGCCGGCUCAGGCGAGAAAUGAUUGGGUUCCAAGCGAACGAGCUGGGAAGGGAUCAGUUGUCUUUCCUCUGAGUAAUACUAAUGCUGGUCAGCUCAACUAUCAAAUUCAAGAUGCAGCCAAACAUCGGGCAGCAAAAGAUGUGGCGCGGUCUACUACGACUACCACACGUUCAGUGUAUUUCCAAGAUUAUCCGGAACUAAAAGUUUCACAGCAAUUGCCAGCCAAGGAACUAAAGUCCGUUCCCGAAUUCCGACCAUCGCCGGAAUAUCCUUUUACUGUUCCGCAGGUCAGCGCACCAGUAUUGGAAAAGCGGGAAAACCCGCCUAUUCAAAUUAUCUCGCCCUACACUCCAAGUGUCGAUGAGAAAUUAGAAUCGCAUGCUAAAUCGGGGAAGUACAUCCUUAGCGGUGUCGUUCCUUCUUAUCAAACUGUCGAAGUUGUAACCCAUUCUCCAUCAGUCGUUGAUUAUUCUGAUUUGGUUGAUGCUAUGGAACAUUUAGUUGAAAGGCUCAACGAACUGGAGACGAAAUUAGAAAACCAGCAAACUAAAGAAGUAAUGGAGGAAAAUAUCCGAUCCCUAUCCACGAUGAACUCUGCACUUUUAUCGACAAAAGAAAAGCUAGAAAGCGAAACUGCUUUGCUGUUCGAAAGGACAUCAUAUUUGGAGCAGCGCUUGGGCGAUUUGGAAGAAGUGACGCGAGAGUGGAUCAAUCCCAACAACUUGGGAUUUUACGAUAACGGGAAAACCACUGGAAAACGAGGAGUGGCACGCAGGUGUCCCAUUCAGUUUUUCAGCCUUGACGAAAAUGACCCUACAGCACCGUGUUAUUCCAUCAGCGUUGAACCUAACGUUCGCAGAAACUGGCAGGACGCAAAUGCCAGUUGCAAAGAAAUACAGGCUAAAUUAGCUGAACCUAAGUCUACAGAUGAAUUAAGGAAGUUGACUGAUUACUUGCGCUACAACAGAACUGACCAAAUCGGUGGGGGUUACUGGACUGGUGGUCUCAACCCCGGGCUUAUGUGGCUUUGGCCAUCUCUUGGAACUUCUCUGACGAAUAUUGAUCCUAGCAUGUGGUUUAACACACCGGAUAUUUCAACUGAAACUAACAAUGGCAAAUGUCUUAGACUUUCGUAUGACAGGAACUUGCAACGCUACGCUCUACAGGGAUCGGAUUGCCAACGAUAUUUGUACUUUGUUUGCGAGUAUGAUGUCAAUUCGACCGCUCCUACCAUCGAUCGAUUGGAAAAGUCGUUACCUAAUGUAAAGGAUUUUGAAGGUGCAACCGUUUCACCGUCGCUCCAUCUUACAUCAGAAACUCCUAACACAUCUUGGGAAACUCCGUUAUCUACUACAACUCUAGCUACAACAACUACUCAAUCAGCACCACCUCCUCGUCCGGUUCCACAUUAUAAACGCAUUUCCUGGCCUGCCUCCUUAUCAACCACCACUCGAUCUACAACAACUACUCAAGCAACGUCACCUCCACCACUAACUCCAAAUUACGUUGGAGUCAUAGGAUUUAAAGGAAUACCACCCCAGCUAAGAAACGAAAUUCCCUUGAAUCUAGCGGUUCUAGAGGAUACUAAUUCAUAAAAAAUUCAAAAUCUUACGACGAAUUCAAAUGUACUGGUUAUACCUGAUGUUACUUUCAGUGGCUGGUUCAUUGAAGAAGCUUACUAAAUUAUCUUAACCAGAACUCCCUAAAACCUAAAUGAAUAAUUGAGGAAAUUUAAACCGUUUUUGGAUUCCGCGCGUUAACUUGUAAGUUGUGCGUAAUAAAAACUAGCAGACGACAUCGAGCUUCUGCAAUCUGCA